GCAAUUCUUUCAAAAGGAGGGGAAUUGGGAGGAAAUUCAGUUGAUACAGAUAAAUUACAAAUUGGUGGGCAUUUGCCUAAUGCUGGGAUGACAUUAAAUAAUAAUGGUAUUUCUCCUUCUUUAUCUGAUGGACAACAAAAAAGAGACGAAGAAAAUAAUAACGCUACAAAUACUGGGUUAAUUAUUGGGGCUGCAGUUGUUGUUGGUGUUUUAAUUAUUGUUUUUGCCGUUUUUGCAAUUGUUGUUUUUGGAUUAAAUAAUCGAAGAAGUGGUCGAGGUUCUAUGAAAUUAUCUGGUCGUGGAGGUGGAGGAAAGAAAAGGGAAGAAAUUUCUAUGGUAGAAAAUGGAAAUGGGGCUUUUGGUCAAAGGCGUUUUGUUUCGACAAAUGAUGUUGUUGGUGGUGAUUCUCAUAAUUCUCGUCAGGGAGAUGGAGUUAGUUUAACUGCUUUGAGAAGCACAAAUGGCGGAGCUGGAUCACAAUUUACCUCUCCAACAAAUGGUUAUGGAACAAACAGGCAUUGA